UUCAUGAGUUCAUAGUGUAAAGAAGUGUGUUAUACACUAUAAUUUUGUGAAAUUAUAAUGAUUCCAUUUAACCCAUGGAAUGUUAUACUGUUGCUAUACGCAACAUUUACUGCUCGUAACCUUCUACAAACUCCGGUAACUUCGGAAGAAAUGAAAAUGAAGGAGAAGAUUGUAAAUAUGCUCACAGACAUGGAAAAUAACAUGAACAUUCUAAUAAAAGAGGAGAAAACACUUGAUUUCUAUGAUACAAAUGAGAUCCCACAGGCGGAAAGAGUUGAUUUGUUGGAGCAUGAUGAAGAUGAGGAUUAUCUUCCAGAAGAAGUUAUUUGUACUGAUGUUGAAGUAGAAAUAUCAAGUGACUAUAAAAGGAAAGCUGUGGAAUUAUGGAAGAGCGGUAAAAUAAGACCAAGAACGAUCGAAGGAAUUAGACGAAGGUACAAAAAAGUUACAUCAAUUCGACAAUUACGACGAUGGGAGGACUAUAUCAAUGCAGGUGGUAGCAGAAAUGAAAAAUUAAAAGCAAUUUCUUCAAAAUGACAUCAGAUUAUAUGAAAACUUGGUUGAGAGAAAUAUUUUUUCCGAA